AUGGAUACCAGGGAAAGUUGGUAUGGCGGACCAGAUUCCGGAAAGCAUCCCCGUGAGGAAUCAGCUGUUAUUGAUUUGGGCACAUUAGAUGAUGAUGAUUCAAGUACAGGUGGCAGUGAAGGAUUUACAAGAAAAUCACCGCCAGGUAGUCAGUAUGGAGAUGAAGAAAAAUCCACUGGUGAAUUCGUAGGUAGUAGUGCUGCUAACUUGGUUUGGCUAGCAGGUAAACAACAAGCCCAGAAAGCUUUUAAUUUAUAUGGUAACAUAGACAUACUCAGACCAUACUUUGAUGUGGAACCAAAAGAUGUAAUUGACAGGUUGAUACAUUCAUUUAUUCCACAAAAAGUCACAGGAACACCACAGAAAGUAUUUGGUGAACUUUAUGGUCCCUUAAUGGUGAUAUUUACACUGGUUGCAAUUAUACUGAUGGGCAUGAAGUCCUCAGGACAUGUAGUGAGGGAAGGAACACUAAUGGGUACUGCAUUUGGAGUUUGUUUCGGAUACUGGAUUUUUGCGUCUUGUCUCAUCUUUAUGUUAGCGUAUGUCUGCAACACACAUAUUACUUUAUUACAAGUCCUGUCACUCACUGGUUAUAGUUUAAGCAGUCAUUGUAUUGUGUUGUUUGUGACUACUGUCCUCCAUAGCACAGAAUCUCAUUAUUUAUUUUACUUACUGUGGCUAAGUGUUGGAGGCAUGGCAGUGCUGAAAAUGGUUACAGUAUAUGUGUCAAGAACGUCUGGGAAAAGUCAAAAACUGAUGUUAGCUGGGUUGGUAGUUUCACUUCAUCUAUUUUUUAUGCUGUAUCUACAUUUUGCAUACCAUAAUGUUGCAGAAGUCCCAGGGGUAGUGAAAGAACCAGUAAUUCAUCAUCCAGUUGUUCCUGAUAGACUUGAAAGAGACAUCCAGCUUGACUCAAAAUUAUCCAACUCCGCAAAUGAUGCUGUGCAAGAAGUAAUAAGAAAGGUGGCUCCGAAACAUGUGGAAGCUGUUGAUGAAAUUGAGGCGGUACAUCCGAAUGUGGUUGUCCCAGACAGUGAUGCAGUACGAGAUGCUGCCGUAGUUAAUGACGAUAAUCCUGUACAAGACGCGCUAAAAGACACAAUAUCAAAUAUUGAUAAUGCACAACUUAAUGCCCCAAUUGAUAAGCUUGUUGAUCAGGUUAAAGAGAAUGAUGCUUAAAACAGUGUGGCUUCCGUAUGUACAUAUCACAAGAGAUACUGUAUAUAUUAGUUGAACUAAGUGGACGAGUGAAGAUUGAGGACAAUUUUGUACAAACUCAUUCAUUAUGGACCAUGUACUAUAUUUAAAAUAUAUUUAUAUGAUACUUGCAAAUUUUUCAGCUAUAACAGUAGUCACCUAUAGGUUUGAAUUGUGAUUACAAACUCUGACUACUCCACUUUAAUAAUAACUGGUUAUUAGGACUACGCUACCAAGUACCAGUACUGGAUCUACCAACUACCGGAGCUACAGCUUCACAACUUUUUUUUGCUGUUCUAGAUGCUGAAUUAUACAAUUCAUAAAAUUAUGUAAAUUUGUAACAAUGUAAAUCAAAUCUAGUGCAAUGCUAUGUAGUGCAUGUAUGUAUGUAGAUGAACUUAUUGCAGCAUUUGAGUGCAGAUAUUCCUCCUGUCACAGUAUUUCAAUGGAAAUCACCACUACCACAGAAUUUAUGGGAUACAAUUAUCUUGAAAGUGAAAAAUGAAUCUGCAAUGUCAAAGCUGCUGGAAUGCUACUUUUCUGGAAUGAAAUUACAUGUGCCAGAACACUGGGUGGCGCUAUACUCAUUUAAGUUUUGAUGAAAAUAGUUAAACUGGUGAUUCAC